AUGGCGACGAUGGAUUUGACCAACGAAGUGGUCCGCUUGCGGGCUGAGUUGGAGAAGGUGUCCGCGGAACGGGACAUGCUCCUUUGUGAGGUGUCAAAUCUGCGGAGGGAGUUGGAACUAAGCGAGUUGAAGCAACUGCAAGAUGACAGAGGUGAUAAACUAGACAAGCUGCCACAAAUGGGUCAUGUACAAAACCGUUUCCGUUCCGACAAAGGGUGUCCCACGUCCGACGUGUCCUUAAAAGGCUCGACAGUUUGUCGGAACAUUGUAACUUUCAGGUAUAACAAGCUUUAG